AUGAAACAUGCUAACUAUAAAAACAAGGAAUAUAGUUUUUUCAAACGGUUAGCAGAAAAUAACAAAAGAUUGAAUCUGACAUCAUACAUCCUGUCAGGUAACAAAGAUUCCGAAAACGCAGUUGAAGCUAGUUACCGUAUUACUUACCAUAUUGCAAAAUGUGGUAAAAGUCAUACCACAGCUGAGAAUCUAAUAUCUCCCUGUAUAACAGAUGCCGUUCGAUGUAUGCUUGGAGAAGAACAUAUGUGGAAAAUGACCACCAUCCCUCUUUUGAACAAUACAAUAUCUCGAAGAAUUGAAGGUAUGUCUGAUGAUGUUGAGAUGACAGUAAUAGGUAGAAUUAUAAGCAGUAACAUUUUCACUAUUCAAGCUGAUGAAAGCACAGAUGUUGCAAAUUGUGCUAUUCUGCUUGUUAUUGCAAGGUAUUUGAAAGAUAAUGAAGUUGAAGAAAACCUUUUGUUUUGUCAUUUGUCACAACGCACAAGGGGUGAGGAUAUAUUUAAUGUUAUUGAUUGUUAUUUCAAAGAAAAGGAGAUUAAUUGGUCUAAUUGUUGUGGAUUAUGUACUGACGGCGCCAAGUCUAUGUCAGGGAUUUACUCUGGUCUUCAUGGUCUUGUCAUGAAAGUAGCUCCCAAUAUAAGUUGGAGCCACUGUUGCAUCCACAGACAAAGUUUAGCAUGCAAGAACCUCCCUGGUGAAUUAAAACUUGUUUUGGAUGAAGCUGUAAAAGUGGUGAAUUUUAUAAAGUCGAAGUCCACAAACUCAAGAAUUUUCAAAGGUCUGUAUGAAGAGAUGAUGAGUCCUCAUUCUACUCUGCUCCUUCAUACAGACGUAAGGUGGUUUUCUCGUGAUAAAGUACUUACCCGGCUGUUUGAACUUAGAUAUGAAGUCCAGGUGUUUUUUGAAGACCAUCCUUUCUUCCUUGCUUCCAAGUUACGCGACUGUAACUGGCUUCAGGCACUUGCAUAUCUAUCAGAUAUUUUCCAGAUUAUAAACAAAUUAAAUUUGACACUUCAGAAUAGCUCAAUAACGAUCUUCAAUGUCUCAGACAAAAUUGAAUCUAUGAUUAAAAAAAUAGAUUUUUGGAGGUCAUGUCUUGAAAAUGGCCAACCUGAGGUAUUUGAAACUCUGCUCAAUUUCUUAUCUGAAAACAAUCUAUCCUGGGAAAUAAGGAAGAAAAUAAAUGAACACUUGAAUGGGCUAAAAUCGGACUUCCAGAAGUACUUCCCCAAACCCGAAGAAGAAAACUAUUGGAUUUCAAAUCCUUUUAAAGAACAAUAUGUCCAGGCAGCUAAAUUAUCAGUCAAGGAGAAAGAGAAGUUGAUUGAACUUUCAACUGAAAGUACUUUAAAAGCCGAAUUCAAAGGACACUUUCUUAUUAACUUUUGGGCAAACAUCAGCAGAGAAUACGAGCAGCUUUCUGAACAGGCCCUUUUGUUUCUUUUGCCAUUUGCAAGUACUGAACUAGCAGAGAGAGCUUUCUCUUAUGUCUUUAUUAAAAACAAAUAUCGUAAUAAGCUGAAUGCAAUUCCAGAUUUACGAUUACACCUUUCAUCAGUUGAACCCAAUUUCAAAAAAUUAUGUGCCUCAAAACAAGCACAAGGCUUGCACUAA